CGUUUUUUUUCCCAAUUCUUUACAGCCCACCAGAGGCUGUGAAUGGUAGACAACUCAUCGUAUUUCGUUCCACUGGCGAGUAUCACACCAGUUAGAGUGUGGGGAGGCUGAGCAGAGCGCACAGCUACAGUCAGCGAUCCUCAGAUGUCAUGUAAAGUAACUGGCAGAACAGUGGAAAUUUUUAUCUGAGAGGAUGAUGACUGUGCUUUAAAAGCACUGAAAUACGCACGAUUCUUUUUUUUUUUAUUCAUAGGAUUUCAUGUGCGCGCUAAAGUGGCCAUGGCGCAUUUUACGCACUACAGGUAACCAGUGUUUUGGAGGCUAAAACAACCAAAGCAUGGAUUAAACUGCAAGUAUUUUUCCCCACUUUCUUCAGCAGAGCUGAAAUGGCGGCACUUCGUAGAAAAUUUGGCGAAGAUUAUCAGGUGGUUAACACAAAUCGGGCUUCAUCUUUUUCUGCUCCGGUCAAGAAAAAACGCCAGCGUUUCGUGGAGAAGAACGGUCGCUGCAAUGUGCAGCACGGAAACCUCGGUGGAGAGACCAGCAGAUACCUCUCUGACCUGUUCACCACUUUGGUAGACUUAAAGUGGCGAUGGAACCUACUGAUCUUCAUCCUAACUUACACCAUCGCAUGGCUGGUCAUGGCAUCGAUGUGGUGGGUCAUUGCGUACAUCAGAGGAGAUUUAAAUCAUGGCCACGACUCAUCCUACACCCCCUGUGUGGCCAAUGUUUACAACUUCCCCUCAGCUUUUCUGUUCUUCAUCGAGACUGAGGCCACAAUUGGUUACGGCUACCGGUACAUUACAGAGAAGUGCCCGGAGGGCAUAAUCCUUUUCUUGUUCCAAUCGCUGCUGGGCUCCAUAGUGGACGCUUUUCUCAUCGGUUGUAUGUUCAUAAAAAUGUCCCAACCCAAGAAACGCGCAGAAACGCUCAUGUUCAGUCAGGAUGCGGUGAUUUCUCUGCGAGACGGCAAACUGUGCCUCAUGUUCCGUGUGGGCAACCUACGGAACAGUCACAUGGUGUCCGCACAGAUCAGGUGCAAGCUUAUAAAGUCUCGUCAGACACCUGAGGGCGAGUUCCUGCCUCUGGACCAGUGCGAAUUGGAUGUAGGCUUUGGAACGGGUGCAGACCAGCUCUUUCUGGUAUCCCCUCUCACCAUUUGUCAUGAAAUUAAUCCCAAGAGCCCCUUUUUUGACCUAUCCCAGCGCUCUCUCAUGAGUGAACAGUUUGAAAUUGUCGUUAUCCUCGAGGGCAUCGUUGAAACUACCGGUAUGACAUGCCAGGCAAGAACGUCAUACACUGAGGAUGAGGUUUUAUGGGGCCAUCGUUUCCUACCAGUAAUGUCCCUGGAAGAGGGUUUUUUCAGGGUCGACUACUCUCAGUUCCACAGCACGUUCGAGGUGCCGACACCACCGUACAGUGUCAAGGAGCAUGAAGAGAAGAAUUCUCUCCCCUCGCCUCUGUCCACUCCUACCCCCGCACUGACUGAGAGCCACGGUGCCCGACGUGACCGCGUGUUUUCUGUGGAUUGUAUUAACACUACUGAGGAAAGGGGCCAUCAUGUAGGGACUGGGGUUCGACUUCCAAGCAAAUUGCAGAGGAUGAGUUCAUCGGGGAAGGAGGACCUUCAGAGGAAAGUGCUUAUGCUUAGCUCCCAGCACUCAGAGAAGGCCUGCAGCACCGGAGACCUCCCCCUAAAGCUGCAACGUCUCAGUUCCUCACCUGGCCCCGAGGCAGCAAAUCGUCUAGGGCUAAAGUCUCUCAAGGUGGGCUUUGAACCCAUGACCCAGUCAACUGGAGACCUGUACCAACACAGCCUGCCAUCCACGCUGUCCCCUGCUCCGGUUCCCAUGCACAGCCCACUUCUUUCAGCCGGUGGGAGGUUGGAGGAUAACUUGCCACCAAAGCUAAGGAAGAUGAAUGCCGACCGCUGAAAUCCAGACAGUCCUGGACUAUAACAACAUACAGACAGUGACCUCUGACCACAAACACAUGAAAAGAAGAGUCAAAGAUGUACUUUACCCUUGGAGGCUUUGAUUAAAACAAAAAAACAAGAGGUUUAUUCAUUUUUAUUUCUUGAGACUAAAUCUUUACUGGAAUUACUGUGAUUUUGUGCUUAGCAGAGGCUAUGCUAUUAUUAAUUUACGCUUUGGUACACACAACCAGAAAACACAAACUUUGAGCUUAAAGCAAACUUGAUUAUUCUGCAAGAGUUGUGCAUGUAUACACUAAAUCCAUUGUUUAAUGUAUGCACCACUACACUUAACUGUCAAUCUUAGUUUUAUCUAAAUAUAAAUUAUAUUAAGAUGAUAAUAAAUGCUGUUUGAUCUUUCUCUUUAUUGUGUUUUUAUUACCGCCCCCCCAGAAUUUAUUAUGUUUACAUUAAAAUUUUUAGUGCUGCAAUUCUGCCAAAUAUCAAUAAGUAAUCCAGCAGUGCGAUGCAAUUGUAGCUUUAAUAGGCUGUUGUUAAUGCCCGUAAUUUUACCACAUUGGCAAGCGACACUAUGCAGGAACAAUCCCAUAACUCCGUGGUGCAGUAAGUGGCUAUCAGAGAGAGGGAGAUGAUAAUGAGAUACACUGCUGUUAAGAUGGAAAAUAUAAAUAUGUGUUUAUUGGAGAAUGGAAGCUGAUUAUAGAUGACCUGUUAUUGCAGACUGAGUGUGGUCAGCUGAGGCAUCCUGUUUAACAAGCAUAUCCAAACCCAGUGUACCGUCUUCACGCCAGUAUAUGUCAGAACACACGACUACACCAAUUUGGUUAGUGGGGCUUAUUGUUUUUUAUCAACUUAUGCCAACAUUUAUUGAACUGUCAUUCUGCAUGUGGUCAGCAUUUGUACCCAAAGCAGGUGAAAUAGUAGAUUGAAAGUGUAGGACAACCCUGAACACAUAGGGCUUAAUGAAAUCCAAGUACAAACGCACAACACAGCAUGGAUGCAAUUAAGGAACAAAAACAAAAUCAUCAUCAUCAAAUAUAGAGUCAGCAUAUCCAGAGAAGACCAAAGCCUCAAUUUUCCUAUUGCGAGGAAGGAAGGGAGGGAAAAGGAUUUUUGACUGGCUUUAACAGUACGCACGGGGUCUCCCAUCAAUCUGCAGCUUCGGCCACCCACUCACUUUACACAGAGCCUACAUAUGCUUCACACACUCUAUUCCUGUAAUAUAGCUGCACUGAGAGCUUUGAGUGCGCUUGUAUGUUUGCUAACUACGUAUGUGCUUUGCCACUCUUCUCAUGCUGUGUAUGAUUUGCCAGAAGUGGAUAAUAAUAACUUUACUGAAAGAAAGAAAGAAAGACUGUGAUAAGUUAGGAGAAAGAAGAAAGUUCUGAUGAGAGUGCGACAGUUUUAUGUAGCUAGCUGUGGUUCAUAUUUUACAUUUUAUUUCACAAUCUAUUGAUUGAAUGAUCAAUAAAGUUGAAGUAUUAUGGUUUUUUAUGUAAUAGGCUAAUAAAUAUUAAUAACCUCAUAUCGUAUUCAUGCAUUCUUUAGCAAUCAUUUUUCCACCAACAGCUGAGAGCCACCCAUAGUGCAAUUAUUACUGAAAUUUGAAAAGGGGUAAUUGAAAGACCAUUUAUAGUUUUAUGUGCCAGUUUGAGAAAAAUAGUCAAACUCAAAUGAACUAAUCCAGUUUCUGACUUUUAAGGGAUAUGAAAACCAUACCAAGUGCGACUAGAACAGAAAUGUCCAAAAGUGACAGACUGUUUUUAUUACGCAGCGUUAUGUGCUGGUUUACUACUUCUUUGUGCUCCAUAAUUUAAUUCAGGGGAAUUCAAUUAUAUUUAUAUAGCAACAAAUCUGAAAACCAACAAAUUCAGCACCGAGCCAAGGCCAAAACCAGAAGUGACACUCUAUUUACUAAUAAAUAGAGUGUCAUAAGCUGCUAACUGGGACAAUAAACAAGUUCAUUUGCCAAAAUGCUUCAUUAAAGUUUCAUCAGACGCUUAUGGUUUCAAACCUGCCAGUUAACGACCAUAGAUUUAUGGUAUGCAACAGAUCUACCAUCAAUAGUGGAAAAAGUUAUCAAUUCUGACAUCAUGUUUGGAUGGCGGUUUAUUUAUUUUGCUUGCCCAAAUCAAACAGCACAGAAUAACAUCCGAGUCCAACAAACUGAAGCUUACCUGAAUUAUGCCGAUUAAACAGCUGAUACGUGUAUUGUGGUCUGACAACUGUUACAGCAUGUCACUAUGCAGAAAAUUAGAUUUAUUUUAGUUUUCUGUGUUACAACACGAGGAGGAGGAGGAGUGAAAAAAUCAAAAUGACUGCGUUUUAAAUAAGCAGUCCAAAUUCCCUGGCACUGCUAAAGUCACAAGUUUGGUUCACGUCUUGAAUCCUGAUUCGUCAGCAUACUGGAAAUUAACAUUCAUACACAGGGAUGAUGAAAAGCUCCUACAAAAGCAAGAAAUAUAAAGAAAAAUAUAAAACCAAAAUUAAGUCAACAAAUAAAACAAAAGAAUGUUCCACAGGAUAAAAAGAGAAGGGAAUGAGAUUCACAAGAAAUUAUUUAUGUCACAAAAAUAUAGUUAAAUAUAUAUAACCUUCUUAACACACGCAUAGAUCAACAGACUUUCUGUCACAGCCACAGGCAAAUGUAAAAACCUUCCAGCAGUGGCACUGUCAUCGCUGCCACCUCCUCUGCUUAUUUAAAGUAACAUCUGGGCACACAGUUUUAGACAGUCAGAGGUGUUUUGUGAAGGUCUGAGCCUCUGCUAUAAUGACCCCAAAAUUGAUGUCUCCACAUGUUAAAAAUAACAGGAACAUUAAUACUUAAUAACAAGACGAGGCAAUGAGAGGCUCAUUAGUAGCCUUUCUAUGCCACAGCACAAAAAUGAGGGGGUUGAAAAUGUCCUAAAUGACAAAGAACACCAAUUUCUUUUCUAUGAAAAAAAAAGUAAAUUAAUUUGUUAUUCUAUUUUAGAUGGAUUUGUUUGGGGGAUCUUUUGAUGUAUAACUGGUUCGUUUAUAAACCACAGCAAGCCAGUUGUUUGUGUUGUGUUGCACCAACUGUGAAUGAAUGGUUAAUUAGGCCACUCGUGGUGUUUAAAAGGGAAACGUGCCUGACUGAACCACACGCAUAUGCAUGUGCAUCUGAAGACACACUGACACACAACAAACAAAUGCAGCGGCCGUCAGUCAAGAACAAGCCCCUUGUUUCCAUCGCAGUCACCACGGCAACAUGGGAGCUUCUCUGCACUCCGGCAGUGGGGGCUAAGCACACAGCGGAGGUGUAUAUGUGAGUUUGAGUAUGGAGAUCUCUGUAUCUUUCACUGUAUUCUUCUUCAGGGCUCUCCACUGCCCACUCUGAAAUUUAAACACAGUAUUUAAUUUUUUCUAUAACGGAGAGAGGGACGAGUGGUUUUUCAGCACUUGACAGUCUUCUAAAUCCAUCUCUAUUUAGUCUCAAUAAUGACUCAUUUGCAUAUUUGUUUUGCAUAUGCAAAGAAAAAACACCUCUGGGAUGUCCCCUGCCAUGAGUAUUUAUCAGCGAUCUGGUCCUUUGAGAAAGAUGGCACCGGUUUACCAACUACAAAAUACAAUUAAAAGGUUAAAAUGAGUGAUUACCAGAUUAACAGCAUCACAGAGUAAUAUUGCAAUUCAUUUGUUUCUGUGUUUACUGUUUCUGUUUCUCUGUAUCUCUUCAUAGAUUACUAAGCAGGCGUCUUAAAAAAGAAAAUCACUAAAUCAUUAAAAUACUAGUAUGAUGAGCUCCACAUACUAUUCCAAUUCCAAAGCUGUUAUAGCAUCUACCAAGCUGCAACAAAGAUAAUGAAGUCUGCUCUUAACUCAAGUGCCUCCCAACAAUUUUUCAGUGGUAAAAACACUCAAAGAAAUCUAAUCUAUCUACAUCAUUUCUGUUCUCUUCACUUUACAUCCUACUUUCUUUUCUCCACUUUUAGAGAAAGGGCGUUUCAAUCAACCAACAACAGCUACUUAAAAAAGUUUCCAUAUGCUUAACGUUCAUCACAGAGCACUGAGACAGCUGUUAAUGGCCUAAAAUCUUCGUGAAUGCAAACAUGGUUACUGUCCUUCUUGUCUUAGACCUCAGUGUAGAUUUUGAUACAAGUGAUCACAAUGUUUAAUUCAUGCACUAGACAGGUUGGGUCACUGUGCCAUUGUUUUGUCUUGGCUAAAUUAAAAUGUUAAUCACUUGACAGGCUGUUUAUUUUUAUUAUAUAUUUAUUUAUUUAUUUGUCAGCCUGGAUUCUCUGGUAUUAAAGACAUGGUAUUAAAUAUGGUAAUUCUCAAGGAACCAUUCUGGGCCUAAAUUAAUUUUUUUCUAUAAAUGAUUCAUUAAUGUCUCAGUCACACUAAAGUAGAAAAAGGGCACUAAUUUCCUUGCUACUGCUAAAUCUGCCCAGGGCUUGAGCAUGCAACACACCCCAACUCUAGGCGAACACUUUCACAUGACUGGUUGACUGAUGGGCGACAACCUGUCUCCCAACAAUAACAAUCUGACUCAGACUGACUGCAAAGUAUCUAAUUUAUCUGAUUUAUAAACACAGACAGAUCAACAACAGCCUGAGUCAGUCUGUGCAAUGAGUGCAAAGCAUCUGUGAUACAUCUCUUUGCAAUACGGACACGACUCAGCUGGUUGUAUUUUUUAUACAAACACAAGAUUACUGAAUGCCUUUGUUCUUCCGUUCGCUCCCAACUGGUCGAGGCAGAUGGCCGUCCCUCCCUGAGCCUGGUUCUUCCUGUUAAAAGGAAGUGUUUCCUUCCCAUUGUCGCCAAAGCGCUUGCUCACAGGGGGUCCUCUGAUUUUCGGGGUUUCUCAGGUUUCUCUGUAUUGCAGGGUCUUUAUCUUACAAUAUAAAGCGCCUUGAGGCAACUGAAUUUGUCCCAAAGUAACAAAGGUUUUGAGGCCAGACUCUAAAUCUAAAUAGUUAAUGUGUAUUAUCACAGACUGCACGUAACUGCUGACCUAGCCUCAUUCAAUCGCAAACUGAUAGGAGACUGGCUCCGUCUUAUCACCACUUUAUUGCCGUCUUAAUGCACUAAAGACAUUUAUAAGAUGGUAACUUAUUGUGAGUGGUUGCAGACCUGGCCCUUGUCUUCAAAGCAACUAUUUCAAAAGCAGUGAGACUGAAUAUUCAUUGCACAUGGCCACAGCCGCCAUUUCCCUUAGUGUGACUGAAGCAUUGGAAAAUAUUACGAAUACCAUCAACAAUUAUCAUUUUAAUUACCAUCAGAUGGUUAACAGUUACAACCAGUAAGUCUUAGCAAACAGUUGAAAACAAAAACUGAAUAAAAUUUUGAUUCUCAUUUCAGGAUGAUCAGUUUUCCAUUUUAAAUAUAUCAAACUGAGAUCAUUUCUAAUUCAGUGAGAGGCCAAACUUCGUAUUCUUGCCCACGACUAGCUGUUUAGUUGUUGUUGCAAUUUCCAUUUCACUGGAUUCACCUAUUAUAAAACUGAACAAGGAAAAUGGAUCAUAUUACCACAUUGCUUGAGACAUUACACCAGCUUACUUUUAGCUUUCUUUUACUUGCUUGCACACCUUUAAAUAACCUCAGAGACUUUUCUCAAUUUUACGUGCCCGCCAGAUCAUUAAGAUCCUCAACUGCUUUUCCAUUAAAUGCAUCUUCUAAGGGUGCCAGUGAGACUGCCUUCUGUUUUUAUAUAUCUAUAAAUUGCCUCUGCCUCUUGAUAUCAGAAUGGUGCACUCAUGCAUAUACUUAAAAGUUAAAGACGUCUAUUUUAAACUGGUUUCUGAUUUGUAGCCUAAUACUUUAGAUUCAUUUAUUAAAUGCAUUUAUUGAUAUUGGUUCAGUUCCUUCCAAAACAGGAUUUCAUUAUUAUUGGUGUUACUUGCAUUGCUUUAGGUGUUGUUUGAAUCUUGCUGUAUAAAAUUUGCUAUUCAUUUGUUUUACUUUUAAAAUAAAGGAGGUUGGGUUGGGUUGUUUGUGUGUCUGCACAUUGCUAUGUACAAAUGAGGCAGGCCGCUGAUCUAAACUGCAGAUUUUUAGCACCUCAUCUGCAGCAUAUGAUUUAUACCUCCUUAUCCAUGAAGAGAAACCCUGUGCGAGUCAGAAAGAGAUAGAUGGCAAAUAACACCAGCACAUAUCUUUCUGUGCAGCAUUUCAAUAUCAACUGGUCUAGUUUACAAUUGAGAUAACCACUGCUUACAUGCUUUGAAAAUAAUGAAUGGCUGACGCAUUGAUUUUCCAUGCAUAUAUUACCAUAAUACAUGCCCAUGAGCUGCUUGUGGGGAUUGUGUAAAUACUGGGUCUUAAAGCUGGCGCUUGUGACUGGACUGCUGGAAUGAAUAGUUCUUCUUGGAGAAGACGCACUGUGCAAACAUCCUCUGGGGACCUCCAUCUCAUUGCUCUGUCUAACAUAACCAAGCGAAAGAUCGCUGAACCAAUCAAUACUCGUCUCCCUGUCGCAACCCUACCCACGACCUACGAGGCAAUCCGAUGCUUGGAGGCCUGGAAAAUUACUCUGCUCUGCGGGGACAGCUGGUGGAGGGAGUGACUGGAAGGUUGGACGUCCAUCUAGAGCUGAAAGAGAACUUUGGUGCAAACCUAGCACAAUGACCUCCCGUCCCCUCGAAAGAAAUCAAUAGCUUUGAGCUCUGUUCAUCACAGCAGCACACAAGAGACACUCUGACACGACUGCACUCCUUUCUUCAAAGACAUGAUGUCCCAAACUGGAUGCUAUGUCACCUCUGACACGAAUGCAGCUGUAUUAUAUAAUAUCUUCCUGUGUGUAAUGAUCACAAAAACAAGAAUUAGCCUCUUAUAGUUGUUGCAAAUCAUCGUGGCUGCAAAGUAGAAUAUUCAGUGCAAUUUAUUUUCUGUUGUACCCCUGUCAGCUUCAGGGGAUGUGCUGCUUGUUGUGUUGUUCCUUCAGUUGGAUAAAAGCUGGCUA